ACCAUUUUAUCUGAUAACAUCAGUGACCUCAUGGAGCCUUGAUUAUGUAUCUUUAAAGAUGCUGAACGUAUAACAACAUAUGAAACGACAUAUGAAAAAUCACUUUUUUUCUUAAAAAAAGGAGAACAAAAAACAAGCUAUUAUUUGUUUUCCGAAAGCAUGUUAAGAUGAAAACUUAAAAUCGGAAACAGACGGGAACGUUUUGAUUUGCAAUAUUUAUUUAUGGUCUGUGACUUUUUGGUCGUGACCCAGAAGUUGUCUGUAAAACCCAAGUGGGGAAGAAAUUUUGACCUGCUUAUUGCGUGAUUUUGAAUGAAACAUUAAUGCAAAAACAAUGUGUUUGCACGAGUUUGCUUAUUUUAUGAAGGAAAAACCGACCAAUGGAAUGACGUGUGGUGAUAUUUCCGCCGUUUUACAUAGUCAGUUUUGAGCGCCACCGCAGGGGUUUUCAGAGAGAAGUAUAAGGAGGUGGUGUGCUGAGCAGGGACAGACAGACUUGGUCCGGUAAAGUUGGACAGAUAUUUGCAGAUUCCCACCUCUGCGGUCAAUAACUCCUACAUAAAGAAACAUAAAAACAUGAAUGUUACCUCUGUCCAACCACUGAGAUGCAGACAACAAGCUGCAAAUCAAUUGUUAUCAAAACAAGACCUAAACUGCACAAAAUACCUUGAUGUCAAUAUCAGAAAAAUGAAAAAUUAGUCAUUUCCCGUUUCUGCGUGAUUUUGUUUUUUCAAUAUUAAAAGGAAAAUCGGUUGGCCGUUAUAUACACGGAGUGUCAGAUAACUCAGAUAAUGAAGGAGUUUGCUUUCAGAAGACUUAAAAGAAAUCUCUUUGUGUCAAAACCUGAUGACUGCAAAAGUAAAUGUCUGAUUGUUCUUGUUUUCAGCAGGAGCAAAUCAAAGUUCUAGGCAAAUUAAAAGUUAGACAAAGGUGAGGAGCCAUAGAGCUUUAAUAGUAAAACCAUAAGGUACUUCUAAAACAAACUAGACGGUCACUAUCAUAACAUUGGUCAGACUUAGCAAUGAUCAGUUAAUCAACGGCCCCUGGGUGCUUUUUUUUACCCCCCUCACAAACUCACUGAGAUAAACAGAGGUCUAAAGAUAACAGUCAACCUUGUACAUAGUCAGUCUGUGAUUAUGAUCGACGAUAAAAACAAGUCAAGGAACCAGGAGGACCAAGUAUCUUUUAAGUUUGUCCUUGUGUGAUAUUUAUUUAACAGUGAAUAUUAGCAGACAUUACUGCCACACAGAGAAGCAACUCUGGAACCACUCAUAAUAUUUGUUUCCAUUAGUUUUACAGACAAAUUCAGAACAAAUGAAGUGCUAAAUAGUUCAUUUACUAUACCCAGAACACUACUACAUUUUAUUUGUUAGGCGCCUUUCACGGCACUCAAGGUCGCUGCACAACAAUCAAAAUAUAAAAACACAAUUUAAACAGAACAGCAGAGUUUGCAGCAGAACAUAAAAGACAGUUAUUGUAGGUCAAAUGUCCGUCCAAAUAAGUAGGUUUUGAGAUUUUUAAAAACUGCAACGGAGUCAAUACUCCUGGUGUCAGGAGGGGACGAGGGGCAGAGCGGUGAAGGCUAUAGACGCCAUGGUUGUUAAGCUCGCGGGAAGGAGGGCGGACCCAAAUGCAGGACAACACAAGCAAGGUUCGGAUAUGACAAAGUUUAACAAAAAGCGCUCCACAGGAGGGAAGGAUGACCAACACAAAAUCACAGACCGUAAAAACGCGGCUGGAGAAAACUACGGAAAGUCCAACAAAAGGUGCAGACCGGAGGGAAACUCACGGCUGGAAAAAGUAAUCCAAAGAGCGGGGUAAAAUCCAAACGGACCCAGGAAGGGAAGGUCCACGAAACAGUAAACUGGGUAAGUCCAGGAAACGGGAGGACGGGGCUCUGAGCUGGAGAAUCAUUUGACCCCGCAGCUUGUGGGAGGCAGGCUUAAGAGCAGGCUGGGUGAUGAGGCUGACGGUUGUCACGUGUGGAGAAGGUGAUGAGGAUCAGCUGCGGGUGCUCUGGCCAAGCCUGACCAGGCUUUGGCGACCUCUGGCGGAGGAAGGGUGUGCCAAACCCUAACAAUGGUUGAUGAUAUAUGAGGGAAGCUGGAGAAAAAAAAACAGGCCUAUGAGAAGCUGAUCUUUCACAUGGUGCAGAGAGAAAUUAGUGGAAGUCCCUGUCAAUGAGCCAACAGCUAGUGUGUGUAUGAGUGUAAGUCCAAAGUCCUUUUGUUCAGCAAGUAAUUACCUGUCAGCUCUGUGCUGUGUCCAGUUUGAAUACUUCUGAGGAAGCAGCAGGAUCUCCAGUCCUCCAACGAUGGAAGUGAAACUCAGCCUGAAGAGGGAAGUGGGGAUAAUGGGAGCCGUGUCGUUCAUUGCUGGGACCAUGAUGGGAUCUGGGAUUUUCAUUUCUCCCCAGUAUGUCUUACUAGCUAUGGGCAGCCCUGGGGCCAGCCUUAUUAUAUGGGCCUGCUGUGGGCUGAUAUCCCUGCUGGGGGGGCUCUGCUAUGCCGAACUAGGCACAGUCGUACCAGAGUCUGGAGGGGAAUACAUCUACAUCCUGCGGACUGUGGGGAAAGUCGUAGCCUUUAUGUUGGUCUUCAGCUUCGUCAUCGUCAUGAGGCCUGCCAGUGCUACAGGAAUUGCUCUGAGCUUUGCGGAAUACGUUGCAGCUCCUUUCUAUAGCGGAUGCCCCCCGCCUGAACUGGUUUUAAAAUGUGUGGCUGCAGGAGGAAUCUUGCUGCUGGCCAUCAUCAACUGUCUGAGCGUCCGUUUGGCCAUCUCCAUCCAGGUGGCCUCCAUGGUGGUCCAAUUACUGUCACUGGCCGUGAUCGUACUGGGAGGAAUCGUCAUGUUAUUCCAAGGCGACAAUCAGAACUUUCAUGACUCAUUUGAGGGAACAAAUGUCGGUGUUAGCUCUAUCGGUAUUGCUUUCUAUCAGGGUUUGUGGUCCUUUGACGGCUGGAAAACUUUGAAUUAUUUAACCGAGGAGCUGAAACAUCCAGAAGUAAGACUAUAUACAAUCUAUCAUAAUAUCUUAUAAAACAACAUGAAAGAAUAUUAAAUAGUUAAUAUAAAAAAAAUCUCUUUGUGUCGUGACCUUAUAAGUUCAAAAGUAAAUGUCUGAUUGUUCUUGUUUUCAGCAGGAGCAAAUCAAAGUUGUCCGCAAAUUAAAAGUUCUAAAACAAAGUAGGAAUCAUGACAUUAGGACAAAAAACCGUAUCAUCCUUUUAUUUUGCUUGUUUUUUUUUUUUGUCGUUUUUCUUGUCGAAGGUCAAGCAGCUUUCAAUUUCAGAUAAAUGGGUUGUUUUUAGGUUGUUGAUUUUUACCAGUGGCCCUGCAAUGUACUGGCGUUGCCUCUAAUGAGCUGGGAAACUCCGCAGACCCCGUGAUCCUGCACAGGAUUAAGCGUAUAGAACAUGGAUGGAUUGCUGGAUGGACUUCUUAGCAAAUUUCUGCAGAUUAUGAUCACUAAUAUUAAUCUUAAACAGGCUGAUUAAUAAAAAUGUAUCCCAAUUUGGUCAGAAUGUUUCAAUUUUAGCCAUUUUUUCAUAUUUUCUUAUUUAUUUGUUUAAUUAAACAGACAAGGCGAGCAUGUCAGGCCAACACUUUUGACCCUUUUUAGAAAAGAAAAUGUUGGUGGAAAGAAGAAAAAAAUACAGUUUGUGCAGUUUACAGCUAACUGAUCUGAAUGCAUGGCGUUUCUGUUUCA